CUUUUGAAUUGAGUAAAAAGUAUUUUGAGGGACCUCUGAAAAUAGUUGCAUUCACAGUUAACAAUCCCUGAGACUUACACUCUCAUUUGCAAAUUUUCUGAAAAAAGUAAGUUGGAGGAAAAAGAAAAGGAAUAAGGAAAGUGGUUGGUUGUACAUUACAAACUGCUUGUAUGUGUACACAUAUUGGUUACCAGUUGGGUUUUGUGGUUAAACAUUAGUUACGUAUACAGUUUUAUAGAAAAGAUAUUGCCUUAUGGUUUAUAGAUCUUUUGUGUUGUGAACUCAUAAGCAUGAGUCGAAAACUUAUUGCUAGAAAGGAGCUUAGUAAAUUAAAUGAACUGGAAAAUAGCCUGAGAGAUGAGACUUACAAAGGGACCACCAAAAGAGGCGCAAGAUCAUCGUCUCCGUCGCCGUUAGCUUCUAGAUCCACUUGGUCUUCCCAGAGUCCAUCCAUAACCGAUGGCUAUGGAAAGGAACAGCUGGAGUCAAGAACACUGGAAGACAGUGACCAGAGUGAUAGUGAAAGUGAGCGUAAGCCAUCCAAAGUAGUGCCAAGCCUUCAUGGUGUCAAAUUAAGGAGAGCUAAAUCUCCUUCACCACUUUUGAGAAGUACAGAGAGACCAUUAGAAGAAAGUCCAGUCACUGGUCUUAGUGUUCCCAUAAGACCAAGAGCUCAUUCUCUUACCAAUCCUCAGUCUCCACACUCGGGGACAAGCGUUGUGAGGAGCCACAGUUCAGCCGGGACCAUUCAGAGAGGGAGGCCUAGAUCUUUGAUUGUCGAGGGAAAUACACCAAUUCCCAGCAGUAGUAGACCAACCUUAUCCUCCCUUACACCUUUCAUCAACAAGGAAAGGGGUUCAUUCUCACGGCUUGUCUCUCCUCUUGCAAGGGAUGCGAAAUCUUUGAAGAAUCCUCUUCAUCCUAAGAAGGUGGCCUCCCCUCUGUCAAAGCCUCAGUAUGUGGUCCACACCACGAAACCUGCAGACUCAUGUGAUGAGGAGGAGAAAGAGGUCAAACUAGAGCGAGUUCUUGGCCUGACUGUACCCAGCAAUGCUGCCCUGGACUGCGAUCCACACACGGGCCAAGUCGCCUACCCUGCCGGAUGUACGGUGGUGUUGCUGAAUCCGCGGAAGAACCGCCAGCAACACGUCCAGAACGCGUCCAAGAAGACGAUCACCUGCGUGGCGUUCUCUCCGUGCGGCCGUUACCUGGCGACGGGCGAAUGUGGUCAUCAGCCCUCCGUCAGGGUGUGGGACGUGGGCGAGAAGACCCAGGUGGCCGAAUUUCAGGGCCACAAGUACGGCAUCUCGUGCGUGGCAUUUUCCCCGACCCAGAAGUACGUGGUGUCGGUCGGCUCCCAACAUGACAUGAUAGUGAAUGUUUGGGACUGGCGAGGAGGUAUCAAAGUUGCUUCCAACAAGUUUUCCAGUAAAGUUAAGGCUAUCAGCUUUGCCGAAAAUGGGUCCUAUUUUGUGACCGUCGGGAACCGCCACGUUAAGUUUUGGUACCUUGAAGUUGCACGGGGUUCUAAGUUCAAAGAGCCAGUGCCCCUGACUGGCCGGUCUGCAAUCCUCGGAGAGCAGAGAAACAACUACUUCUGUGAUGUUGCUUGUGGCCGAGGGGAAAUGGGGGAUUCCACCUUCGCCAUCACCAAGUCAGGCCUUCUGUGCGAAUUCAAUAACAGGAGGCUUCUGGAUAAGUGGGUGGAGCUGAGGACAACAAGUGCCAACUGUCUGGUUCGCGAUGAGUACAUAUUUGUUGGCUGUGCAGAGGGAAUUGUGCGAUGCUUCAGCCCCCAUAACCUCCAGUUUAUUACUACCCUGCCAAGAACGCAUUACCUUGGUGUGGAUGUUUCCAAAGGGCUAACCAUCAGUCACAUGGCGGCCCAUCCAAACAAUGCCAAGUAUCCUGAUACCAUUGCCGUGUCGUACGAUGAAAACAACCACAAGGUGACUGCUGUGUACAAUGAUCAUUCCAUGUAUGUGUGGGAUGUGACUGAUAUUAAAAGGGUGGGCAAAUCCCAUUCUUACCUGUACCAUUCAGCAUGCAUAUGGGGAGUUGAAACCUACCCGACUCAUGGGGAAGCAAUUAAAGGUGUCAUGCCUCCUGGGUCCUUUAUCACGUGUUCUUCAGACGACACCAUUCGUAUAUGGAACAUCAACCCAUCAAUGCCAGGAAACACGUUAUAUAAAAGGAACAUCUACAGCAGUGAGCUUCUGAAAACCUUGUAUGUGGACCCUGACUUGGGAUUCAUCAAAGACACAGAUAUCAGUCCUCAAGGUGGAGACAGGAACGAUGCUCCUUACGAUUCGAGGAACGGAGUUCGUUGCAUCAGAGUUAGUCCGGAUGGGAAGCAUCUAGCAUCAGGCGAUCGUGCUGGAAACAUCAGGGUACAUGAGCUCCAAUUUUUAGAUGAACUCUGCAAAAUUGAAGCUCAUGAUGCAGAAGUUUUAAGCCUAGAAUAUUCCAACCCUGACACUGGCCACAGAUUCUUGGCUUCAGCUUCACGUGACAGAUUAAUUCAUGUUUUUGCAGUUGACCAGGAUUACAGCUUUGUUCAAACCUUGGAUGACCAUUCUUCAGCAAUAACAUCAGUCCGGUUCUAUCAGACUCAUGGUGCAUUGCAGAUGGUGUCAUGCAGUGCUGACAGAUCAAUUAUAUUUCGUAGUGCUACACAGGGAUCACUAGACAAAAAGAGGACGCCACAGAAUGAAAUAUGGUUUUCCAGAGGUCACAAUGUUGCUGGCAAAACAACCCUGUAUGACAUGGAGGUGGACCAUGGUCAGCGCCACAUCCUGACAGCUUGCCAAGAUCGUAAUAUUAGGGUGUAUAACGUCAAUACCGGCAAACACUCCAAAACUUUUAAGGGAUCCAUUGGUGAUGAUGGAACGUUGAUAAAGGUAGUACUAGAUCAGAGUGGGAUAUAUGCUGCUACAAGUUGCACAGACAAAAAUAUGUGUAUAUAUGAUUACUACUCUGGAGAAUGUAUGGCAACAAUGUAUGGUCAUUCCGAACUUGUCACUGGUCUUCGUUUCACAAGUGAUGGCAAGCAUCUUAUCACUGUAUCAGGAGAUGGAUGUAUCUUUUUAUGGAGGAUGCCACACGACAUGACACAGACUAUGGUUGCAAGAUUAGCACAACAAGCUGAGAGAGCUACUAAAGAUAAAAGGAAAACAGGCCGCCAGCAAUCCUUAGACAAUGAUGAAAUUCAGCCAAGCCCUGAGGAUAUGUUUGACCAAAAUGCUAACGAAACGGAAGAGCCAGAUUACAGGUUUAGUAUGGGACAGUUACCACUUUGGGCCAAGAAGCAAAUGACCGAACCCCAGAGACCUGGCAACGGACCAGGAGAUCGUGGCUCAGUGGACAUGCCGAAGGGACGGUGGGCUCAGAGGAUCCAUAAUAGUCCAAUGACAUUCAAGAGUCAUUACGACACUGAUUCUGUCAUUCCAUUCCCUGCCAGAGAAAAACGCACAGCUGAUUCGGAAUCAAGCAAAGAAAGUUCGUUGGAGGAAAACAUAGGAGUUCACAAGCAGUACCAGCCACCAAAUGCUUUAAGAGAGAGUCUUAUUCUCAACAAAACGGACUCUGGUGGUGAGCCUGAAUUUCUUGCUUGUCCUGACAACAAUAAGGAAAAUAAUACUGGGGAGGAAGGUUUACAGGUUUCACCAUCUAAAAUAACAAAAAGAGGAACUGAAUCGGAGACACGGAACAGGCACCACACAGAUGAGAGCGACGUCAGCAGUUUACGCAUCGAUGAUGGCACAACCGAUCAUGACGGAGACAUAGAAGAUUGUAGCGAGCAUGAUGAUGAGAGCACUGAACCUGAUCGUUCUGAGCCUUUAAUGUAUUACCCAUUGAAUGAUGACACAGCCAGCGAUUUCACAGUCAAUGCCAUGGAUGUAGAAGAGUUGAGGCGGUCCCAAAGACGACACAGAAAAGCGAGACCUGAAAGACCGACAGACAUUCCUCUGGUAUCUGUGUCAGGAUCUCAAGACUCAGAUGACGAUGACGAUGAGGUUUCUACUCCAAGUGCUGACACUGCAGAAAGGAAUAUUAUGUCCAUGCUGAGUGUCAGCACUGAGAGUAUUGACAGAGUUGGCAGAAGAGAGAACUUCCUCAAGACAAAUUUUGAGUCUCUAGAAGGAGAAACGAUACGCCCAGAAAAAGAUGGCAUUAAAAAUAAAAAUAGUAUAUCGUAUAAAUUCAACGCUAGAAAUAAAGAUUCUCAAGUUUCAAGUAAAAGAGAAGAACUUCUGAAAAGAAUUGAAGAAACUAGAAAGAAAUUGCAAAGUAUCGGUUACAAAAGUAAUUUAAGAAGUAGCAAGAGUAUUUCAGACUUGAGCAACAUUCCAGAGAAAGAUACAUCAUACAUGUCAGGGAAUCAAGAUGGCGGAAGUGGCGACAGUGGGUUCAGCAGCAGCCCAGGUGGCGGGAGCGGUGGGUUACGCCGCGCCUGCUCCCUCAGCGACCUAAGCAACCCUGGUGCCCCACGACGCCUGCUUCCAACUCCCCCUAUGGCAAGUGGGAAGAAAAUGGGUAAAUCUAGCAGCAAGUCGCCUGGAAGGUCUCACUCAUCUCUGUCAAGGUCCAGUUCUAUAGGAGUCUUGAAUCAGUCUGGGGAAGAGGGGUCCAGGAGUGAUCGUCCCAUGCGACCCACGAUAGCAUCUAUGAACAAGAUGACUCCUCGUGCUCUCAAGAGAAAAGCAUCUCUCUCUCAGGCUGUUUCAACAGGUGACAUCAGACAGUUCCACGAAGACUCAAGUUCUGAGGAUGCAUCACCUUCAGAUCAUAAAAAUAUGCGAAGUAGAACUCAGGGUAGCGAUAGACGUAGCAAUCUUCCCAUCCGUGCCGUAAGUGAGCGUGACCUCACCCGCAGCAAUAGUUUGUCUGGCAAGAGAGGGGAGAUGAUACGAAGUCGAUAUGCAUCUGCUGCGUCACCAGUGUCCAGAAGGGGUCUUCCGUCGUCAGAUCAUAGCCGGCCGUCCUCUGCUGCUUCCACAGUUGACAUGAGUCCUGAAGAAUAUCCAACGCGAGAUGACCUUGCUUUCAUUGACUUUGAAAAUAUGCCUUUGAGUGUAGGGGUUGUAGAAAGUGUUUGUGAAUGGGUAGUUGAAGGUUGUGAACGAUUAAGUCAGUUGUGGUGGCGAGCGUGUAGCGAGGGAGGAAACGAAGAAGAUCACCAUCGGGCUUUGCGUUCAUUACUGUUAGGGGCAGCAGCCAGGGCGACUCAUGCUCUGACUCCUCUGACUGCACCACAUGCAGCUCCUCCCCCACAACCCAUGUCUCCAAAUGCUCCUUCGUCGCAGACACCAGAUAGCAAAGAUCCAAGGAUGGUUGCCAUGAUGCAGCAGUACACUGAUAUUUUAGUGAACAUGGUGCAACAGAAGAUGGCAUCUCAUCAGCCACCACCCCCUGGACCAGCGUGAUUACAUAGUAGCACGAUUGUUUUUAUUUUAACUUUUUUCAUUUUUUAUUUGGUAUUUUUGAUAGUCAUUGGCUUGACCAAAAAUGUCCAGAAAAUAAAGAUAGCUUCGUAUAUCCCUUUUUUUCAGGGCAAGUCUUAUGUCAUGAGUGAAAGGCUGUGUAUGUUAAUUAUUAUUGUGUGAUCUGUCCAUUUUGUUUUCAUCUGGUGACUCAGAUUUUUUUUAUUAAAGAUAUUUUUAAGAAUGUGUCUUUAUGAUAAUAAAGUGUAAUGCCAAGUAGAUAGAUUGCUGUGAAGUACAAUCUUACUGCUUGAAUGAUUUUUUGUUUUGUUUUUUAUCAGAUUUCACAUUCCAGGUUGUCACGUGACAUUAUGUUCAGAGUAGUUUACGAGUGAAUCUUUUAGUAGGUUAACUUUCAAACCCCUUUUGCUGCCAAAGCUCAUAAUCACUUAUGUUGUAGAUUUCAUCUUGCAUUUCAUUUGAUGGGGUAUUAUUCUAGGGACCCCUUGAUAUAUAUUUGCAAGCUUGUUUGGUUAAAAUUUGCCCGAUUUUAUCUUGAGCGUCAAGGUAUUCUCGUGGUGCGAUACGACCAGACGUACGUGAUUUAUACAGAGUGGUUUUUCAUAAGAGCGGCUCGUUGACGCAAGGUUGCAUCCAACGUUUGGGGACUCAGCAGCCUUAAAGCAGCAGAUGGGUCUUACACCAAGCUGAAGGCAUUGUUUUUGUUCUCCCAUUACAUAUUUUGAUAUACUAUCUCAUAUUUCAUCCUUUAACAGCAUGUUCUUGUUCUUGUACUUUUAAUGUUUGCUAAUAACUGUCUAACUUGUCAUUUACAGUGUUAAUGGACUGGUGAUGGCUCACUGCUGAUUUGGGCUAACUGUUUACCUAAAUAUUAGUGUUUUUAAUCAAAGCUAUGCAGUUUGUUCUGCCUGGUCAUAAGAACUUUCUGUUGUGUUGUUAUAGGCCCUUGUUCUUGGCAUAUUGGAAUCCACUACAACUUAUUUAUGAUGGAUUGUAGGCCUAACACAUAUUAUCAAGAUUUUUAUUUUCAAUGUUAGAGUAUUGUUUGUAUACUUUUAGAGCUGUGCAGGUUGUAUUGUUGAUCUUCUUCCAAGCCCAGUUAAUCAAAUCUCAGAAAACAUUCAUUUUGAUGCGACCAGACAAACAACUGUUCGGGCCAAGUUUGGAAUCACUAAGUAUGGCCGUUGUCACUGCACUCUUGCGUUGACCUCCGUUCAUCGAUACCAAAAAAAAAAAAUGUUGGUCUUGUAGUUUCUGAUGUCUUUACUUUAUAUGAUAACAAAUGUCAUUACAUGUGAACAAUAUAUGAUGUUAAUAUGUAAUAUGAACAUAUUUGAGAUGCAAAACAACCAAAAGUGAAGGCUGUGCAAUAUACAAGCAACAUUUAAUUAUACAUAGUUCAAGUGUUGGCAUAUCACCAACACUUGCUUAUUUGUGGUAGGUCUGUAUUGCCCAUCCAUUGCAGUCAAUAGGUCAGAAUGUUAAGAUCAUUGAACAGAAUUGUGCUCAGUGGAGUGUUUGGUAUUGCUGUCGAGAGUAAUACCAGUUUUCUCCUGAGCUGAAAGAAAACCAUGUUUGUUACGGUAUGGCUGAAUGUAAUUUCACUGGCUUGUGAAUAUUUGGAGACAAAUAUAUCACAAAGCCUUUCUUUGCCAGGAUGGGCUGAUGGCAGUUGUGGGAACAGGAGUAAUACAUGGCCAACUCAUUGUUUGUUGCACAAGUAUUUGAAGCUUGAUUUUGAGAGGAAUGUUCCCAGGGUGCCGCAAGGUGCCAAGUUGAGGUGUGCCAAACCCCUUUCAAGGAGGGCUGGAAGCCUUGCUUGUCAGGAACUGUAUAGCUGUAAAAAUGUACAUUUUGUAUUUUGAAAACCUGACAUCAUUCCUCUCUUGGGGAAUUGGACCUCAUUAAGCAGAUUUAAGAUUUAGAAAAUUUGAUGUUUUUGGGUUAAAGUAGGAUGAGCAUUUGUUGUAUACAGAAAAAUGUAAAUGCAUAUUUUUCUGGCUUUACUUUUAUUUUCAGUUCAAAUGCUAGAGGAAUUGUUUGGUGAAGCUCAUAAAAAAAAUCAGGUAUUUGGACAUAAAGAAAUCUCAUUCUUGUGUUAUUUUAUAUCUUUCAGCUCAAAUCUGAAAGUGAAUGAUGUCUUCUUUGUUUAUAUCUAAUAAAUGUAACUUAAACA